GGGGCCCACGCCGAGCCGCGGGGGACUGGGUUAGUGGGGGUGGACUUCCUGGGGCCGCCUGUGAGGAUGUGGUUCGAGCACCCGGGCGCCCCUCAGCCGCGGAGUUGCGGCGGCCGCAGACCCCGCAGCCCCGCUGCCUGAGUGGCGGCGGUCGGGAUCUGGCCUCUGCCGUCCCAGGUGUGGCCGGGCAGCGUCCGCGGCAGGCGGCACCAUUCACUGUCCCUGAGAGCAGCUGCUGCUGGCCCCUGAGAUGAUCUCAUCCGAACAUGGCUCCAGCGACCUCAGCCGCAGCUUCUUCGGGCAGCCCACUGUCUGCCUUGGCAGUGUUUUGAGACAGGCAAAAGCAGAUUUUAUCAUGUGGGCAUCCUGCUGCAACUGGUUCUGCUUGGAUGGACAGCCUGAGGAGGCACCACCACCACAGGGAGCCAGGACACAAGCCUAUUCCAACCCUGGGUACAGCUCCUUCCCUUCCCCCACAGGCUCGGAACCUAGCUGCAAGGCCUGCGGGGUCCAUUUCGCAAGCACAACCCGGAAGCAGACCUGCUUGGACUGUAAGAAAAACUUCUGCAUGACUUGUUCGAGCCAAGAGGGGAAUGGGCCACGCCUCUGCCUUCUCUGCCUACGGUUCAGAGCCACGGCCUUCCAGCGGGAGGAGCUCAUGAAGAUGAAGGUGAAGGACCUGAGGGACUAUCUCAGUCUCCAUGACAUCUCUACGGAAAUGUGCCGGGAGAAAGAGGAGCUGGUGUUUCUGGUGCUUGGCCAGCAGCCUGUAAUUUCUGAGGCGGACAGGACUCGUGCUCCCCACUUGCCCCAGGCUUUCCCUGAGCAGCAGGCCUUCCUGACCCAGCCUCAAACCAGCACAGUACCUCCUACCUCACCUGGCCUCCCUUCUUCACCUGCACAAGUCACCUCUGUUCCCUUAGCCCAGGAUCAGGAACCUCAGCAGGCCGUUGGCCAUGUGUCUCAGGACCACGAGGAGCCCAUCUUCCCGGAGAGCACAGCCAGAGUACCUACUGAGGAUGAGACCCAGUCCAUUGACUCAGAGGACAGCUUCGUCCCGGGCCGGAGGGCCUCGCUGUCUGACCUGACCCACUUGGAGGACAUUGAAGGCCUGACCGUACGGCAGCUGAAGGAGAUCCUGGCUCGUAACUUUGUCAACUAUAAGGGCUGCUGUGAGAAGUGGGAGCUGAUGGAGAGGGUGACUCGGCUGUACAAGGAUCAGAAAGGACUCCAGCACCUUGUGUCUGGUAAUGAAGACCAAAACGGGGGAGCAGUGCCUUCUGGCCUGGAGGAGAACCUGUGUAAGAUUUGCAUGGACUCACCCAUUGACUGUGUUCUGCUGGAGUGUGGCCACAUGGUGACCUGUACCAAGUGUGGCAAACGCAUGAACGAAUGUCCUAUCUGCCGGCAGUAUGUGAUCCGAGCAGUGCACGUCUUCCGGUCCUGAUGGCUAGCAUUGGUUUCUUCAGUGCCUUACAGGACAUAGCCCAAGAUGUCUGGGCUCAGGGUUGGUCCGAUACUGUGAGCAACUGGCAGUGUUCUUAAGACUAGGACAAGCAGAGUUGACUGGCAUGCUUGUUUUAGGUGGCAGAGCCCAAAACCAGUGGGAACUGGUUCACAUCACAUGGGUGAAAUGCCUGCUUCUGUGAUCAUUGGAUGGUGAUGGUAAUCAAUGAAGAGGUCUUUCCAGAACGUGGACCAGUCUCUCUCCUGUCCUAAGACCCAUUUCAUACAUCUAUAUACCACUCCUCCUGUCAAUCAUAAGUCCUGCUAGAAAUGGUCUCUUUCUCCCACCCCACUCCCAGCACAUUUGGAUUUAAAUUUCUGGUCUCUCUGGCUUUCUGUGUGUUAACGUAUCUUUUAAGGCUUCUCAUUUGCCUAAAACCCAUUUCUUUCUAUGGACCAAAAAAAUAUGUUAAUCGGGCCAAUAGUAUUCCUUAGGUCAGAGUUUGGAUCAGUAAACUGACCUCUAGUGAGAAAUUAAGUCUUAAGUGAUAUAGAAAAAAUCCUAGGUUGAGUCACUUCUGUUUAGGACUGGGGUUGGAAAGAGCCAGUCUCUGGCCUAACUGCUGGGAAGUCCUUCAGGGAUGGUGCUGUUUCUCUUUGGGUUUGACUUUGUAUCAUCCUUAACUUUGGAUUAUGAGGAAAGAGAAAUCAAGGCAGUGGCUUUGUCUUUGUCCUCUGGUCCUCAUUUUCCAGCAUGCUAAAACGCUUUUAAAAAAAUAUUUUCUCUUCCUUUGGUCUUAAAUUUGCUUACUGAAAGUAUAGGAACUUCGGCAAGGAGCUCUGUUCUCCUCUAGCUUGGCUGUACAUGGAGUUCUUGGAGAGCAGACAUACAUACAGGACAGUUCAUGAGGCACUGAAUGUGUUAGACUAUGCCUACGGCUGCUGAAAAGUCUUAACUGCACUCUGUUCUCAGCUGCUUGGGCAGGUCAAGACAAAGCAUUCUUUAAAUCAUGAUUCCAGCCCUCCCGGGGGCUUUACACCACUGACACAACUGAAAGGUUUGAGUUAUGUUUCCUAGAACAGCUCAACAAAGCACAAGAUAUAGCAUCAGAAGAGCUGUGUGUUCCUCUGUGGAAUGAACCCUCAACUUGGCUAACACUACCCUUCACUGUGUAGCUAUGUGAGACUGGAAUAACCAACCACUCACUCAUGAUUUGGAAAAGUAGAGGGACGCCUCUUAGGGGACUAUUAGAAAUGCUUAGGCUUCUCCACUGAAUUCCUUCAGAGGAUCAAGUAGUUCCAUGAAGCUGUUGUCAGAGAUGCCAGGCCCACUUACCUCUGCAUUCUAAGUCCAAAUGACCAGAUUUUGGGUCAAAGCUUUUGUGGAUGUCAGGGAUUCAGAGCCCUCCACAAAGACUCCCUUGCCUUCCCUCCCUGAACAGUGAGUGCUGUAGUUUACAAUGUUUCCAGAUUAGCAUGCCCACUGAUUUUGCUGCUCCUGGACUCCACUGUGAAACAGGUCUGAUCUUGCAGCUCAGUAAGACCUAACAGUAACAUUAAAGCCGGCUGGCUCUCCCUUAUGACUGCUUUCUCUUCUGAGGCCUUAUCUCCCUACCUCCUGUACAGGAACAGAAAAUACACUGAUGGCUGUGGUUAGCAACCCAAGUAACAACCAGAACCCAUGUCAUUUAAUUUGGAGACCUCACCUCUAAAUCUCUACCUUUGGUGUUCUCAUUUGGGGGAAAAAACCAAAACAUGUCAAACAACUUUAUUGUUAAGCCAAAUGAAAGUUGGAACCCAUCCAGUUAACAUCUCAGGUAGAAAAACCUUAACCUUUUUUUUUUUUUUUUUUUUUUUUGGUUAAAUACCUGAGCCCCCUUUUUGUUCUUCAAGGAUCCUUGGUCUUAAUUAAUGUUGAAACACCUAAUCCUUCCAAUUAUUCUGUGGAUUUUGCUGAUUGCGCCAAGAUUUCAGUUGAGACUUAGUUUUCAAAGACGCUGUUUCAUAGGUUGGAAUAGCCGGUUCUAAACUAAUAAGCUGUAAAGGAACUAAUAGUCUAUGUUGUACAAAUUUGUUGAGAUCUCUUGGAUGUAAAUGUGUAGCUCCAAGUGGCUUAUAUUAAGAUUUUCUCACCUGGGUGUUAAAAGCAUACCCAAAUGUGUAUUUUUUUGUUACAGAGCUCUGCUUUAUAAUUUUGUAAUAAAGUUUAAAUACAGA